AUGGAUGGCUCAGGCCCCAUCCUUUCCAGCUUACAGCAAUGGCUUGACAUCAGAAACCCCCUCCCUGUACGGAAGUCUUACUGCACGCAGCAGAUACCUACAACAUCGGCUGCGAGACAGCAUCGAUCUCUCGACGAUGUACCCUUCGACUUGACCGAUCUUUCAAGUUUGACAGUUGAGAAAGACAGCGCCGCAAGUACCGUCCUUUAUCUUGGAUAUGGCUCCAAUCUCAGCGCAGAAACCUUUCGCGGCAAGAGGGAUAUCAAACCGUUAUCGCAGGUCAACGUCGUUGUUCCCUCACUCUCCUUGACGUUCGAUCUGCCUGGAAUCCCCUACACGGAACCAUGCUUCGCCAAUGUGCGCUACCGAGAUGCUUCGGUUGCAGGGGGUCCUGACGACCACUCCCGAUCUCAAGACUAUCACAAAGAUCGUUGGCCAAAAGGUCUGGUUGGGGUGGUAUACGAGGUUACAAAAGAAGACUAUGCACACAUCAUUGCUACAGAAGGAGGCGGCUCUGGCUAUCAAGACGUCGUUGUGGAUUGUUUUGCCUUGAACGGAGGCCCUACCGAAGACGUACCUUGGAAGCCGUCCGGCCAUGCUUUCAAGGCGCAUACACUUUUUGCACCUCCAACCAUGUCGAGACCCGACCCCUCGUACGCUCAACCCAGUCCCAGAUACCUCAAGUUGAUCACAGAUGGCGCGGUCGAGCAUGGACUGCCGCUGGAAUACCAGGCAUUCCUGCAUCAGAUCCGUACCUACCACCUGACAACCACACAGCAGAGGCUAGGGUCCUACAUCUUCUUGUCGGUGUGGUCGCCUUUCUUUCUUUUUAUACUACUCGGAGGCGCUGCAAUGUUCCUUAAGCCUAAUGGCAGGUAUCCGAAAUGGUUGAGUACCUUCGUGAGGGCAUUGUUCACCGCAUGUUGGGCGAGUUAUGACAAUUUCUUUAAAAACAUGUUUGGAGAUGGAGAAAGGACCAUUGAAGACAUCGAGGAUCUUGAGUCUGGCGUCGUGAUAAAUGAGAAGUCGCCAUUGUAUGGGCAGGCGCAGCGUACGUAUGGCGCUGUGGAGGUGAUGGAGCGGAUAGUUUGA